AUGUCGUCUGGUUACGGCUUGACUGGAGGCCCCGGCCGCUGCUUUCCCUUCUGGCAGGAGAUGCUCGCCUGCUACGUCGUCAACACAAACUCCGAGGACGGCUCAGGCAAGAAGAAGUGCGCUCCCAUGCUCGAGGACUACUAUGAGUGCCUACACCACCGCAAAGAGGUACAUUUGCUCCUCCUUACCAAGCAACCAAAGGCCCGUUUUCUAACAACAAGCCGCAAAACANNGGCCGCUCGUGUCCACGCUCUCCAAUCCGCAUACCGCAAGCACCUUGCCGCAAACCCCAGAGACGAUGCCCCUUCUGCCGGCCAAAUAAGGAGUCUGGGUCUGAUCGAAGGCUCGCUCGAGGAGAAGGACUUGAAGGCUGCAUCCCUGCUCCCUCACGUCAAGACAAACUAA